CGAUAAAACAAGUAGGUAUGGUCGCACAUCCUUGUCCGAGUGUGCAGUGAUAUCACGGCAAUCUCCACAUUGUAUAUGGUAAAUUGACCACGCAUUCGUGUUCAAAAUGCUCGGAAAAGGCUGUUUGGUGAUAGUGCUUGUGGCAUCAAUAAUUAAAAAUGUUUUUUGUACGAUAGACAUAUUGGAUUUGAGCUCCAAAAACGCUGUAUGGACUGUGACGAAUAAAAAUGGAAGUUUAUUUCUGCCAGCCACGGUGCCGGGCGGCAUUUACUCAGACCUACAAAAUGUUGGAGUGAUCGGAGAUAUCUUCAGCGGGUUUAACGACGUUCUCACAAGAUGGGUUGCCUACGAUACAUGGACUUAUACGGGAAAAUUUAAUGUGACUGAAGCCCAAAUGGAAGCAAAAACAGCUCAUUUAGUAUUUUACGGUUUGGACACAGUAGCGUUUAUUGAUCUCAAUGAUUCGCCAAUCGGAAGCACUAAUAAUAUGUUUGUGAGGUACUUGUUUGAUGCAAAGAACCAUUUGAAGGUAGGAGAGAAUGUGCUGAAAGUUGCGUUCGCAUCACCAAUAGACGUGGCUCGUACUUUAUCAGAGAAGCAUUUCACUGCUCCAAAAUGCGUUCCGCAAUUAUACAAUGGAGAAUGCCAUGCCAACCAGAUGAGGAAGAUGCAGGCAUCUUUCUCUUGGGACUGGGGACCGGCUUUUCCAUCUGUUGGCAUCUGGAGACCAGCGGUCUUAGAAUUUUAUAACGGCGCUAUCAUACGAUCAAUCACCACGUUUACUGAAAAGCAGAAUAUGAAGUGGCAUUUAAAAAUAAAGGCUUAUUUAGAAUCUGACCGCACCAGAAAACAUAUUGUGGGGUAUCUCUCUGCUGCCAUAACAGUAGAAGGAAAACAAACAAUAACGGUUGGAAAGGACGUAGAUGUUCAGACCAGAGACGAUGGAACAGUGGAAGUAGAUAUUAACAUGGUUUUAAGUGAGAACGUUAUUCGACAUUGGUGGCCUAACGGGUACGGUGAACAACAAUUGUACGACCUGAAAGUCUUCUUGUCCACGAAAGGCAAUAAAGACGAGGUAUCCGAGAAACAUCUUAAGAUUGGCUUUCGAACUAUUGAAGUGAUUCAAGAGAAUGCGACUAAAGUUCUGGGUAAUACAACCGCUGGCCAAGGCUUGACCUUCUACUUUAAGAUCAAUGGUUACCCGCUGUUCAUGAAAGGUUCCAACUGGAUACCAGCGCACAUUCUACCGGAACGCGGGGAUGACAGAUCAAUAGUCGACGGACUACUAUCAGCUGCUAGAGACGCACACAUGACGAUGCUGCGAGUGUGGGGAGGCGGUGUUUAUGAGUCCGACUACUUUUAUCAAAAAUGCGAUGAGCUGGGUAUUUUGAUUUGGCAGGAUUUCCUCUUUGCAUGUUCCAUGUACCCAGCUUAUACGGAGUUUUUGAAUACCGUGAAGACUGAAAUAGAGCAAAACGUAAUUCGCCUUCAACACCACCCUUCCGUUGCUCUAUGGGCUGGAAACAAUGAAAAUGAAGUGGCGCUACGAGGUAACUGGUACAAUACUAUAUCCCAGUUCGACAGAUACAAGGAAGACUACAUCAAACUCUAUGUAGAUACCAUAAGGCCUAUUGUGACUAAUUUGGAUAACAAAGAGUAUGCUGUAUCAAGUCCAUCAAAUGGAAUAAAAUCUGAACAGGAAGGCUAUAUCGCUCAGAAUCCCUACGAUCCUCAUUUUGGAGACACGCAUUAUUAUAACUACUUAGCUGACAAUUGGGAUAUGAAUAUCUAUCCUCAAACAAGGUUCGCAUCAGAAUACGGUUUUCAAUCAUUGCCUUCUAUAGCCACUAUGAGAACUGCUACGACCAAUCCUGAAGAUUUUAAGAUAGAUAGUGAAUACUCAAAGCACAGGCAACACAGUCCGAACGGAUACUCGUACAUUGAAGAACAGAUGAAAGAACAUUUGAAUCUAGAUCCAAGUGACCCAAAAUAUUACGAGAAAUUUGUAUUCUACAGUCAGAUCAGUCAAGCAAUGGCUAUGAAAGCAGAGUCCGAGUUUUACAGACAGGGCCAGGCAGACUGGUAUACUAUGGGGGCGCUCUACUGGCAGCUGAAUGAUGUGUGGCAAGCGCCCACCUGGUCUGGGAUCGAGCACGGCGGCAGAUGGAAGUUGAUGCAUUAUUACGCCAAGUGGUUCUUCGCACCCGUGCUUGUAUCUCCACGGCUUUUGUUGAGUGGAGACGUCAAUGUUUACCUUAUAAAUGACAGAUUCGUGCCGAUAGUGGAAGCCCAGAUCAUUGUCGAGGUUUUCAACUGGAGUAGCCUGACGCCAAUCAGGUCUCAAUCAUACUCAGCUGAUGUAGGGUCUCUCACGGCUAAGAAGCAAGAUAUCAAACUGACUAUGUGGAAUGACAAUACGGGGGAAACCUUCUUAAGGUUUACACUCAAAGCUCCCGGCGUGGUGUCGUCGCCGUACAACUACGUGUUCCCGAAACCGUUCAAAACUGUAACAGGGUUGAGGGAGCCACGAAUUCAGAUCAAUGUAUCAGGGCCCCAAGGACCUGGCCCUAAGUUCUAUUAUCCAGUGGACAUAAAAGUGGACACAGUGGUGCUCUUCCUUUGGCUAGAAACGAAUAAAGUUUUUAAUGAACAUCACACUGGCUAUUUUGAAGACAACGGCCUUAUAGUGACCAACCCGUACAUAAGGAUCAACUUUAUUAGUAAAGAAACAUUGUCACCUAAAGAUAUUGAAGCGGCUAUAACGUAUCAAUAUUAUGUUAAUUAAAAGGAUACUCAGUAACUCAGCCAGUACCUGGGUGGCCGAAAUCGAAAACGCGAGUACAAAUACCAAAUAUUGCUCAAUAGCAUAAGUAUUAUGUAACAAAGAAAUAAAAAAUAAUAAAAGAUAUUUGUGAAGAGUCGAAUAUAUCAAUAAAUUUUUUGAAUCGAA